CAGCCAUGGCGGAUGUUAUGAAUGUCGGUGUGAAUUUGGAAGCUUUUUCUCAAGCAAUUAACGCCAUCCAGGCGCUUAGGUCGAGUGUAACUAGAGUGUUCGACUCACUUAAAGAUGGAAUGAAGAACAAGGAAACGCUGGAAGGACGAGAAAAGGCGUUUAUUUCGGACUUUCAGGACAACUUGCAGGCGGUGAAUCGUGACUUGACUGAGUUGGAGCGUCUCAGUAACCUGGUUGGCAGGCCGUCAGAAAGUCACCCGUUACACAACAGCGGCCUACUGAGCUUAGACCCGGUUCAGGACAAAACCCCUCUGUACAGCCAGCUUCUACAGGCUUACAAAUGGUCCAACAAGUUACAGUACCAUGCAGGCUUGGCGUCCAGCCUCUUAAACCAGCAAUCACUCAAGCGAUCGGCCAAUCAGAUAGGAGCAUCAGCGAAGAGGAGGCCGAAGGUCCAGCCCAGCACCCUGAUCCUGCCCAUUCAGUAUGUGGAUGAUGUGAUCUCUAGGAUUGGCCGCAUGUUUCCAGACAUGUCCAUCGAACUCUUCCGGCCCAACGGGACAUCAGCUGUGCUUCUGGUGACUCUGGGAAAGGUGCUUAAAGCCAUCGUAGUGAUGAGGAGCCUGUUCAUUGACCGCACCAUCGUCAGAGGAUACCACGAGAACGUGUAUUCCGAGGACAACAAGCUGGAUAUCUGGUCAAAGUCCAACUACCAAGUAUUUCAAAAGGUGACGGACCAUGCCACCACAGCACUGCUGCACUACCAGCUGCCCCAGAUGCCCGAUGUGGUGGUUCGCUCCUUCAUGACCUGGCUUAGGAGUUACAUCAAGCUUUUCCAGACGCCAUGUCAGCGCUGUGGGAAGUUUCUCCAAGACGGCUUGCCUCCCACCUGGAGAGAUUUCCGUACCCUCGAGGCCUUUCAUGACACCUGCAGGCAGUAAAGCUACAAACGUUACGGGAGACAUGAUGGACAGAGGAUGGACAAAUACAAAGCAAGACCAUGCUUGUAUGGACAUUUGUAGACUUUUGAAACUACAGUUUGCUUCUUAUGGGCCAAAUUUUUGACAAACAGAUCAGAUGUUUUGACAAACAGAUCAGAUGUACAUAAAUAUGCCGACGACAAGCUUGAAUGCAGUCUCUGGUUGAUAAAGAGAGUUUUGUAUUCUUAACAUUUUGUGGAAGACUUUAAUUUUUUUGUUUGCAGAUGUUUCUCAGUAGCUAAUAAUCCCAGGUUUCACCGGAUAAAAAGCGUCUGUGAUGCUUGAUAUUGGCAGUAAACAUUAACUUCCUGUGCUCAUAUCUAGUGUUUCAAACUUCCAUAAACUCGUGUCCUACUUAGUUUUCUCUUAGCAUUUUUUUUUUUUUUUUGCCUAAAAAAAACACUUUGGUGAAGCACUCCAAAGCAAAAAGUCAUGCGAUGCCAUUUUUUUUCUUAUUGUUUGUGAGCUUUUUUGUAGUCGCAUUUAUAAGAAAAGAUGUUCAAUAUUUCAUGAGUCACCCAAAGUUGGGACGUUUCUUUUUCUCUUUCUUCUUUUAAUAAAACAGUCAACUGAUACAACUAGGUCAUAACUUCACAUGUAGCCUAUUGUAUGAACACGUUUUGAGAUUGGACAAGAAUUCAAGAAUUGCUUGUGUGGUGUUUUUUUUUUUUUCCUUUCUAUUCCAGUUUUGAUGUAAUAAAACUUU